GGAGGAGAAGGACGCCUUAGUUACGUUUCGAGAAGGGGCGGGGCCUGCGACGUCGGACGGAACGAGGGGACGCAACGGAGGCAGGCCGGAGCCGCUGCCGUCGCCAUGACCCGCGGUAACCAGCGUGAGCUUGCCCGCCAGAAGAAUAUGAAAAAGCAGAGCGACUCGGUUAAGGGGAAACGCCGAGAUGACGGGCUUUCUGCUGCAGCCCGCAAGCAGAGUGCCCCAUCAUCUCUACCCUCAGGGACUCGGAGAUCAUGCAGCAGAAGCAGAAAAAGGCAAACGAGAAGAAGGAGGAACCCAAGUAGCUUUGUGGCUUCGUGUCCAACCCUCUUGCCCUUCGCCUGUGUGCCUGGAGCCAGUCCCACCAUGCUCAAGUUUCCUCCUGUAGUGGUCACAGGUCCCAACACUGAUGGCACUCCCUUUGCCCUGAGUCUGCAGCGGGUCCCUUUUGUGCUUCCUUCCCCUCAGGUAGCCUCUCUCCCCCUGGGCCACUCCUGGGGGUGAAGAGGUUACCCCUUCCCAGUGUUUUUUACUCCUGUGGGGCAAACCCCAAAGUAUUAAAAGUAGCUUUGUAAUUCCUUGA